AUGACUUUUGCUUCGCAGCAUUCCACUUUUGCAACAACAGGGCAAGCCUACAUCUUAAAGUCACUGUCUGGGCAUUUGCCGGCCCGGACCCUUCACGUUGAGAAUUGGGCUCAUCUCAACGAUUAUGUUCUAGACGAUCCUGAAUUCUACAGGUCGCCCAAAAUUGAUAUUUUGCUUGGCAGUUAUGUCUUAGCAGAACUUUUGUUUCGGGAACUGAUUUCACCAACAGACAAGUCAAUGCCAGUCAUGCAGAAGACAACAUUAGGAUGGAUCUUAUUCGGAAAGGCCCCAAUUGUAUGGGAGUCAAGUCAUCAGGUGAGAAGUUUCAUCCAAACUGUAGAUGUCGAAACCCAACUACGCGAAUUUUGGGAAUUAGAAGUGACGCCUUCUAAGCCAUACCAAAGGUCGGAAGAUAUAGAACGUGAAAAUCAGUUCAUCGCCAACAAUGAACGCACAGUUGAUGGACGCUAUCAAGUAGCAUUGCCGAUCAAAGGAAAUGUUCGUCCGGUUUUCGGUGAUUCUUACCAAGGAGCUUUACGGCGAUUCAAAGGUUUAGAGCGACGUCUUGAUGUAAAUCUUGAUGCACGAAAAAUACAUCCAAUUGGGUCGUAUGAGCGAAGUCGACAUAAAAAGUUUGAUAGAAAAUCAGCAUCACUUCCUGCCAUAUCAUGCUGUCAUUAA